AUGUCUGAGGACAAGAAGCCAAUUUAUAGGGAUGAUAGCCGUGAAGACUUCGAUGUGGACUUCAGCGGAAGUAGAGGCAGUAUAAACAGUUCACAACAGGACUACGGCAGAGAGCGCGCAAGAGAGAGCAACGAAAGCGUUGCUGAAGACAACUCAGAAACAGAAGAGGAUGAAAUCAUACAUUUAAGUUUGGAUAAAGAAGAGAGUUCUGAGAGGGCUGAGAGGUUAACUGGGCUGAAAGCUUAUAUCAGGAGCACAUUUCAGUGGUUUCCAGACACCGCUUCCGCCACAGAGAAGACGAUUUGCACCACAAUGCAGGUUCUAAUCGUGGGUAUCCUCGUAUGUUGCUACGGCUUCGACAUGGGUGCCUUUAACAACAGAUCCCUGGUUAAAGAGGAAAUGAGUGAAACUGUCACUGCGGCCAAAAAUACCAUCUGGUCUCUGAGGUUUCUGGAACUGAGCGUCCUUGGGGUGCUUUACUUUCGGAAACGUCACCUGGAGAGAAUGCUAUCAAAAGUGAUUUUGACAAGGCGAUAUUGGAAGAAAACCCAAAAAACCAUCAGUAAAGCAAUCCUUGCUGUAAUUUGCUGCGUGAUCUUCUUCCCGCUCUUACUGAAAGCUGUCCAAAUGAAUUUGUCGACUCGA